AUGGGAUUGAACAAAGAAUCUUUAGCAAAGUAUGCAGUUAAGCAUGCAUUGGAGCCAUUCAAUGUUCUAAAUGAGGCUCAUGCGACCAAAGAAAUUCCGAAACCUGUUCAGCAAGAGCAGCAAUCACGUAAAUGGUGGACAAGCAGGGUACCAAAACCAGAAAGUAUAUUGUCUACAAAAGAACAAAAUAUCCUGAAAAAAGUCAAGUCAAGAGCAUAUUUCCUUGACCGAGGCAUAAGCUGCUGUUGUAUUCAAAUUGGAUUUGACGGUCUUGUUGGCUUUGUUCCGGUCAUUGGGGACUUCAUAGGACUUGUACUCGCAUUUCAAUUGGUCGAAAUGUGUAUGAGGGCUGGACUACCAAAGAGUAUCUUGUCCCAAAUGAUGUUCAAUAUCGGGAUUGACUUUGCUAUUGGGCUAGUACCAAUUGUAGGAGAUAUUUUGGAUAUAUUUUACAAGUGUAAUACCCGUAAUGCCAUACUUCUGGAGCGGUAUCUGCUUCAAAGACGACAAGAAGAAUUAGCAUCUGGCCCAAGCUCGUCUAGUAAAACACCUUUGCUUAACUCAUCAGAAUCUGCACCAAUAAUAAUGGAAACCAUUCACACUCCUGGAUCCUUUCAGCCACAUCAUAAUAAUCAUCAUUAUUUUACUGGUAUUGUUAUUGAUAUUAUGCUAGUGAACAUCCUGGCUUAA